ACAUGACUUUCUUUUUUGCAUUUAUUAUUUUGCAAGGGUGUUCCCUUUCUUGCCUGCUCGCCUCCUUGUCUCAAAGACACAACUUUGAUAUUGGGAUUCAAUGUCGGCAAUAUGGGCAAGUGAUGCAUGCUGCACUCAUUGGUCUCACACGUCUCUCAUCUCCCUCUGCGCGUGAUGUUACGCUAGUUUUUUUCUUCUCUCAUUCCCCAACGCCCCCCUAG